CGAGUCUGGGAGUAGCAGCGACUUAUUAAUAAGCGUCACUGACACAGAGGACACGUAACCAGCAACAUGAAGACGCUGAUAGUCCUGGGGCUACUGGGAAUGAUGGCUUGUUGCCUGGCUCAGGAGGGGGAUCCGAAAUCCAGAAAGUUGUUAAAUACUCACGAAGUAAAGAUGUCAAGAAAUUCGGCCAAUUCCGUCAUCAAGAGACACAGGCGCUCCUACGACUAUUUUGAACGAUUCUUCCAGCGUAUGAAGAGCCCACUGGAGCUGAAGAAGGAGCAGUGUGAGAACUACUGGCCCUGUGACCAGCUCUCAGAAUGGGUCGGCUUCCACCAAGCCUAUCGCAGAUACUUUGGCUCUGUGUAGCGAAUUAUAUGGCGGGUGUAGUACAGACGCAGGUCUAGCUUCCGACUAGGGGGGUUCCGAUGUUGAUCGCUCGCUAGCAGUUUUAGCAGCUGUGCAAACGCUAUGCCGCCGCCCACUGGGAGUGUAUUUUAGCUUAGCAGAAGUGCGAACGGUUGUAUCGCAGAGCGGAUACAAAAAAAUGUUUGUGUAGUUUCAGAGUAUCUCAAAACCUACUCUGCGCUUGCGAUCACUUCAGACUGUUCAGUUCCGGAUUGGACAUCACAAACCCGCCAAGCGUUCGCCCAGCCACGCCUGCGUUUUCCCUGACAUGCCUGCAUUUUCCCUGGCACGCCUGCGUUUUUUCGAACACUCCCUGAAAACGGUCAGUUGCCACCCAGAAACGCCCACUGCAUGUCAAUCACUCUGCGGCCACCAGUGCGACUGAAAUUCUUCGCUAGACCCUGUGCAAAACUGCAUCGUUCGUUGUGCCCGUACGUCACGCGUAAGCAUUGCGCCGCAUACGCAUGUGCAGAACUGCCGAUUUUUAGCCUGAUCGCUGCGCUGUAAACAAAUUCAGCUAGCGAACAACUCAGAAUGACCCCCUAUGUCUGAUCAUAUAUCUUUGUGCUAUGCUAGAUACAGUAUAUAGGUUAUAUAUGGCUUACCCUGUGUAACAUUAUGCUAAAGGACAAACAGAUGUAAGUUUGGUUGUUGAAAUAAAUAGUGAUAAAGCACUUACAGCCCCAGCGGCCGGCAAACCAGUCAGCUAUGGACAUCAAUAUAAUAAGCCCCAAAAUAUGUCUGCACUUAACGGCCUCUUGAACUGGCCCUAUGCUAGAUCUACAGUAUAUACCCCACACAUAAGGGCAGCCACAGUGGUCAGUCCUUGGUGCAGGGUUCGCUUAUCAUUGGUAAUCCAAAGAGCACAAGACGUCUUCCAUCCAACCAAGUACAGCUAAGAGCUCCAUCAUGCAGAGUGAUUUUGGAUUUAGGGUUCUUCAAAACUAGAAUGUACAUUCUCACAGGCAGGACCCUCUGUCCUAUGGCCCUCUUUCCGAGUUGUUCGCUCGCUACCUGCUUUUAGCAGCAUUGCACACGCUAGGCUGCCGCCCUCUGGUAGUGUAUCUUAUCUUAGCAGAACUGCUCAUGAAUCCCACCUGAGCUUAGUGACAUCAUGGGGCUCAGGCGGAGUCACCCACCAGAGCUUAGUGACAUCAUGGGUUUUUGGGCGCAGUCAACCACCUGAGCUUUGUGACAUCAUGGGGCUUGGGCGCAGUCACCCACCAGAGCUUAGUGACAUCAUGAGGCUGAGGAGGAGUCACCCACCAGAGAUUAGUGACAUCAUGGGGCUGAGGCGGAGUCACCCACCAGAGCUUAGUGACAUCAUGGGGCUGAGGAGAAGUCACCCACCAGAGCUUAGUGUCAUCAUGGGGCUGAGGUGCAGUCACCCACCAGAGCUUAGUGACAUCAUAGGGCUGAGGCGGAGUCACCCACCAGAGCUUA